AUGAAGAGUCAAAUCAUGACGACAAAUGUGUGGGUGGAACAGGAAUGGAACGACUACAAGCUGGCGUGGGAUCCGUCCGAGUAUGGUGGGGUGCAGACAUUGCACGUGCCUUCGGAGCACAUCUGGUUGCCGGACAUAGUGCUCUACAACAACGCGGACGGGAACUACGAGGUGACCAUCAUGACCAAGGCCAUCCUGAACUUCACCGGCCGUGUGGUUUGGAAGCCACCUGCAAUCUACAAGUCCUACUGCGAGAUCGACGUCGAGUACUUCCCCUUCGAUGAGCAGACGUGCUUCAUGAAGUUCGGAAGUUGGACGUACGAUGGCUACAUGCUGGAUCUGCAGCACCUGCAACAGACGCCCGACUCCAACUACGUGGACUACGGGAUCGACCUGAACGACUACUACAUCAGCGUCGAGUGGGACGUCAUGUCGGUGCCCGCGCAGCGACGCGAACGCUACUACAGCUGCUGCGAAGAACCCUACCCCGACAUCUACUUCAACAUCACGCUGCGCAGGAAGACGCUCUUCUACACCGUCAACCUCAUCAUCCCCUGCGUGGGCAUCAGCUUCCUGUCGGUGCUCGUGUUCUACCUGCCGUCCGAGUCGGGCGAGAAGGUGUCGCUGUGUAUUUCGAUCCUGCUGUCGCUGACGGUGUUCGUGCUGCUGCUGGCCGAGAUCAUCCCACCGACGUCGCUGACGGUGCCGCUACUCGGCAAGUACCUACUGUUCACCAUGAUCCUGGUGACGCUGUCCGUCAUGUCCACCAUCUGCGUGCUCAACGUCAACUUCCGCUCGCCGAGCACGCACAAGAUGUCGGGCUGGAUGCGGCGGCUCUUCAUCCACUACCUGCCGCCGCUGCUGCUGGUCGUGCGGCCCGACAAGGGCGACGACGAGCCGGAGCCGGACGGCGACGAGUCCACCUUCCCUGAGCUGGAGCUGCCGGCGCCGCCCAGCCGCUACGACCUGGAGCGCUACGGCGACGCCAGCGUCGGCGACCGGCUGGCGCUGCCGUUCGCCUCGCCGCUGGAGGGCGGCUUCUGCGCGCACCACGCGCCGCCGGCCACGCCGCCUGGCGGCAGCCGGCUCGACUAUCGCGUCCAGAACGCCAUCAUGGGCGUGCGCACCAUCGCGCAGCACAUGAAGAACAAGGACACCUACGAAGAUAUCGAGGCCGACUGGCAAUACGUGGCCAUGGUGCUGGACCGGCUUUUCCUCUGGAUCUUCUCUCUGGCUUGCGUGAUAGGCACGUGCGCCAUCCUGCUGCAGGCGCCGUCGCUCUACGACAACACGACCCCCAUCGACCGACUCAAGUCGAAAGUGGCGCGUGCCGACCUCAACACCAUGGGGCCGGAGGAGUGACGCGCAGAGUCGCGCCGCCGGCCGCAGCCCGUGUGAGAUGUGAUAGUUACGAUCGUAGGGUGAAUGUUCCACAUGUCCUGCUGGCUGCUGGCGAAGAAUGUCGCCUGGCGCACCCCCGCGCCCUGACUUAUUCUGGCUCAACUGGGCUCAAGGACCCGACACUGUGUCAACGACAUCAUGAGUGCCAAACGAAACCCAUUGGUGUUCCCAAUGCGUUGUAGCAAAUGCUGGACUAGAUGGGCGUAGGCGCUCCGCGAGUCCGAUCGAGUGCGCCGCACGGUCCGGCCGAUGAGUUCAGGAACGCCGAUCAACUCCAGCGUCAGCUCGGGGCCGGCCGGUGGCGCAGGCUCGAUGCCAGGAGCGGUGUGGGCCGACGCACGCUCAGUCCGGCACCACCCGGCUCGGAGCGUGGCGACCGCUGCCCCUGGCGAUCACGCGUGCACCGCCGGCGCGGCUGCUACCUCCAGCACCGCU